AUUGAGCAGGCAGCAGCGGUGCAAUUCAGUGGAAUAUUGCAGCAGACACGAGUCAUUUUUUUGUUCGUUCGCCCUUUGAGAAAGAGGCUCAAGCGUAAUUCAUUGCACAGCAGCAACGGUAACGGUAGCAGUAGCAGCAGGCAGCACUUACAGCAGCAGCAAGAUGAAUCAGCCCGUCAGUUGUUUACCGGUGACAGCCACGAAAAUGUCGAAGGCCAAGAAGGUGCUCGAUGAGGCCCGCGAAACCCAAAAUCGUGAAAUUGACCUGGUGGACAAGGGCAUCUCCAGCUUCGAGGAACUGCCCGGAUUGCUGAAUAUGACGUUCGUAACUAGGAUUACUUUGAGCCACAACAAGUUAACAACUGUUCCACCGGGGGUAGCAAAUUUGGUUAAUUUGGAAAUUCUUAACUUAUCCAAUAAUCAUCUGGAAGAGCUUCCGUUGUCGUUGUCAUCGAUGCCUAAACUACGCAUACUGAACUGUUCCAUCAAUCGUUUGAAUACACUGCCGCGAGGAUUUGGCGCCUUUCCGGUGCUGGAAGUGCUCGAUUUGUCGUACAAUAAUUUAAGCGAGAAGGUGCUGCCGGGAAACUUCUUCAUGAUGGAUUCAUUACGAGCUCUGUAUUUGGGUGAUAAUGAUUUUGAGUUCUUGCCACCGGAAGUGAAGGAUUUGAAGAAUUUGCAAAUUCUUGGUCUUCGCGACAAUGAUUUGCUGGAGCUACCCCGUGAGAUAGGUGAGCUCACGCGCAUCCGUGAACUGCACAUCCAGAACAAUCGUCUGACCGUGCUUCCGCCGGAGAUCGCCAAUCUCGAUUUGCAGAGCCAAAAAUCGGUACUCAAAAUGGAGGAAAAUCCAUGGGUUACCGCGAUCGCCGAGCAGUACCUGAUCGGCAUAAGCCAUGUGUUGGAGUACAUCAAAACUGAGGCGUACAGAAUUCUGUACAAUCGUUACGUUUCGGCAGGGAAAUCCGGAAACGUUCCACCCAAGGUGGAUAAGAGCAAGAAAGCUUCGCGGGCGCGCUCGUGAAAAAUAAGAACGAAAAGAAACAUGAGCUACAAUUUAAACGAAACGCAACUGUUUUGUCUUCCUCUUAUUAUUCGUUGCGUUCUUUUACGACUAAUCUUAUUAAUAUUUUAUUAAUACGAAGCAUAAUAAUCAAACUGCUUCGAAAAGCCAAAAAGCAAAAAAUCAAAAAAGUGACUUAUAAUGUGCCUAAUGUAUUUAAAUCGAAUAUUUUAUUAUGAUCGUAACAAUUCUAUAUUUACUAAUAGUGCAGAGUACAAUAAACAAGAAUAACUAAUGAGAAA